UCGCACUCCCCUACUUAAAACCAAUUUCAAUUAUAGAACAUUUUUCCCUAUCAACGAUAUUAUCGCGUCUACUUCGCUGGGAAACAAGCUGUAAUUGGUCUGACUGAUUAAGUGAACGGCGGAUGUCAGUGCAUACAGACCUAGUGCGUGACUAAUCAGCAUUUGAUGAUAACCCAUUGUGCCCGGCACGUUAGCUUUAGUGUCAAAAAGUUGUUGGCUAGCAAUCGUCAGUGGACGUCCUGCCAACCGCGCAAGACCAGUUAUUUGCCGUCAAAAGUAGUAACGCGGUGGUACUCGUCGACAAUGGCCAGUGGAAAGCCAAAAGUUGUGUUCGUUCUAGGUGGUCCAGGCGCCGGAAAGGGCACUCAGUGCCAGAGAAUUGUAGAGAAGUAUGGAUUCGUUCACUUAUCGGCCGGGGACCUCUUGCGCGAGGAGCGCGCCCGGGAGGGAUCUGAAUACGGAGAACAAAUCGAAUACCACAUCAGGAACGGUUCCAUUGUCCCCGUCAAGGUGACUUGUUCGUUGCUUGAGAACGCAAUGAACCACAACAUUAAGCAAUUCGGCAAAAACAAGUUCCUAAUCGACGGCUUUCCUCGCAACCAGGACAACCUGGAUGGCUGGAACGAGCAAAUGUCCGACAAGACGGAAAUCCUCUUCGUGCUGUUCUUCAACUGCUCUGAGGACAUCUGCACGGAGCGAUGCUUGGGGCGCGGCAAAUCCGGAAGCGGUCGUUCCGACGACAACGCCGAGAGUGUGAAAAAGCGCAUCAACACCUACAACAACGACUCGCUGCCCAUCAUAGAGCACUUCAAAGAGCUGAACUUGGUGCGGGAAAUCGAUGCAAGCCUCAGCGCCGACGAGGUGUUCGCGAAGGUACAGCAAGUGUUCAACGAAUGCUCCGCGGUGGGUGCGGGCGGCGACCAAUAAUUCUCGGACCUAGCGCGACUUAUAGUUAAAUUCUAGAACAAAUUAUUGCGGGCGGUAGUGGACGAAGGUUGUGUGGCGUUUCAGAGGCGCGACGGAGAACAUCACGUAGCGCCCCCAGGGUCUGCAUGCUGUUUUCCUAUUUAUUUUGAUAAGCAAUUGGUUUAAGUACAUCAUAAGAAGUUCAAAGUGAGACCUAAAGGCAUUCGUUUCGUUUUCUUUUCGUGUUUACAUUCCUCGCGCUCAUCUUUCGUCUGUUACCUGGCAUUUCCAUUCUUUUGCGACUUGCGCCUGCCACAAGCUCGUGCAGGCGACAAGCGAUACAAGGCAUAGCAAACACUUGAAGCAUACACGACUUUUAAUUUAAGACUUAAGAACUUAUUGGUAAGGCAAAGUUGUUAUAUUCGGAGGAGAUUGUUAAGGUUCGAUCACCGUGUCCCAGUUAUAAUAGUCAGUAGAGGGUGCAAGUAAGACCUAGUAGUCAUUUGCAACCACUUAGCGCAGUUUUUCCUUGAAAAUUUCUGAAUAAUGAAAUAAACCUUCAUUUAAGUCUA